GCAGAAUCUCUCUUUUUCCCAGAUCCAGUCGGUUCCUCUCCGCUCUCCACAUUUUCCAUCAGAGCUUCUUCGGGUUCAGUGGACGUUGGAGCUGUAACUCUUCCCUCUCACAUACUGGUGCUGGACCCAGCAUCUGUAACAAGUGAGGGCUUCGCAUCCUUCGUUGCUCCCCGCAAGGAACAUCUGCCGAGGAAAUUGGAGGAGGAGGAGGAGGAGGAGGAGGAGAUACCUCAGAUGCUUCUUCCCUCGUAGGAUCUCCGGCGCGCUGAUCUUAUUUUACUUUGAACACCAAGCAAGAGAUGGAUAAUUCGCUCUCCGUUUAAUGCAGCUUGCCUUCGCUCCCCUCCUACCCCCAUCACUUCUCUCCAUUCCUGGCUGGAUUUUUUUUUUCUUCUUCUUCUUCUUCUACUGAUGGAUGCUUUUCAAACCGAGGGAAUUCUUUCCCCAUCCUCUUCCUCCUCUCUUUUUUUUUCUUGAGUUAGUGUCCUGACAUCUUCUGGCUUGAGGAUCGAACACAACUUUUUGUGUGUGUGUGUGUGUGUUUGUUUGUUUGUAUUUUGGCAAAAGAAAGAAAAAAGAAAGAAAGAAAAGAAUUAAGAAUCAUCCUAAAAACCUGGUCAGCGUGGAGAACUAAAAACAGCCCUACCCAAAAGGGAGGAGGAGACCGAAGUGUUUUGUACAUACGUUUGUGGGAUUGUUGCGUUUGGACUGGACCCAAAUAUCCGUAGGUGUGUGGGUUUUUUUUUUUUUUUUUUUUGGAAAUAUGGAGAAUAAUCUUGGAUCUGUUUGGCUACCCAAGCUGGCUUUUCUGCUGUUUGGGAUCUCUCUCCUCGCCCUGGAUCUUGAAGUCACCGGUGCCCAGAUUAUGGGAUUUACAACAUUGCACUUCCUGAUUGAACCUUCAGAUGCCGUCACUACACGGGGAACUAACAUUUUGUUGAACUGUACGGCAGAAUCAGAUCAAGGAUUUCCUGUAAUCAAAUGGAAAAAGGAUGGCGUCUUUUUAAACUUGGCAGUGGACGAGAGAAGACAACAGUUUUCCAAUGGAUCUCUUUUGAUACAAAAUAUUGUCCAUUCCAGACAUCAUAAACCCGAUGAAGGCCUUUACCAGUGUGAAGCAUCAUUAGAAGGAACUGGAGCUAUCAUCAGCCGAACAGCCAAAGUUUCAGUAGCAGGUCCACUGAGGUUUCUGUCCCAGACAGACUCCGUUACAGCAUUUGCAGGUGACACCGUUUUAUUAAAGUGCGAAGUUGUUGGUGAACCUAUGCCUACAGUCCACUGGCAGAGAAACCAAGAAGAUCUGCUUAUGAAUCCUGGUGACACUCGAGUAGCCAUUUUGCCUUCUGGAUCUUUACAAAUCAGUCGGAUUCAAGCAGGGGACAGUGGGAUCUAUAGAUGCCUUGCCAAAAAUCCCGCUAGUUCAAGAACUGGAAAUGAAGCAGAAGUCCGAGUUUUAUCAGAUCCUGGGUUGCACAGGCAACAAUUUUUUCUUCAGAGACCAUCCAAUGUGGUGGUUGUAGAAGGGAAAGAUGCCAUUUUGGAGUGCUGUGUUUCAGGCUAUCCAGCCCCAGCAUUUACGUGGCUGCGAGGAGAUGAACCAAUCUCGUUCAGAGCCAAAAAAUAUUCCCUGUUGGCUGGCAGUAACUUAUUGAUUUCUAAUGCAACGGAUGAUGACUCCGGAAGUUAUACCUGUGUGGUCACAUACCGAGAUGAGAACAGUAGUGCAUCGGCUGAGUUAUCAGUAUUGGUUCCUCCGUGGUUUAUCACUCACCCUUCAAAUCUCUAUGCCUAUGAAAGUAUGGACAUCGAGUUUGAAUGUGCUGUCUCCGGAAAACCAGCCCCUACAGUACAAUGGAUCAAGAAUGGAGAAGUUGUCAUUCCUAGUGAUUAUUUUCAGAUAGUGGGAGGCAGCAAUCUGCGGAUUCUGGGCUUAGUAAAAUCAGAUGAAGGCUUCUACCAGUGUGUAGCUGAAAACGAAGCUGGGAAUGCACAAACCAGUGCACAGCUAAUCAUCCCCGAACCUGCUAUCCCAAGUUCCAGGAUCCUUCCCUCUGCUCCCCGAGACGUGGUCCCUGUCUUGGUCUCCAGCCGAUUUGUCCGUCUCAGCUGGCGCCCACCUGCAGAGGCCAAAGGGAACAUUCAGACUUAUGCAGUCUAUUUUUCCAGAGACAGCAUCAAGAGGGAGAGGGCACUGAAUACCUCCCAAUCUGGGUUGCUCCAGCUUACAGUGGGGAAUCUGAAACCUGAAGAGACCUAUACCUUCCGAGUAGUGGCCUACAAUGAAUGGGGACCAGGAGAAAGUUCACAGCCCAUCAAGGUGGCAACUCAACCUGAGUUGCAAGUUCCUGGACCAGUAGAAAACCUCCAGGCUGUCUCUGUCUCACCUACCUCAAUUCUUAUCACAUGGCAACCACCUGCCUAUGCAAAUGGCCCAGUGCAAGGGUACAAGUUGUACUAUACAGAAGGACCAACUGGGAAAGAACAGACUGUAGAAGUUAACGGUAUAUCCUACAAGCUGGAAGGCCUGAAGAUAUUCACAGAAUAUACUCUCCGCUUUCUGGCUUACAAUCAUUAUGGCCCAGGAGUAUCAACUGAAGGCCUGACUGUUAGAACCCUUUCAGAUGUGCCAAGCGCUUCUCCUCAGAAUAUCUCUUUGGAAGUGGUGAACUCAAAGAGCAUCAAAAUGAGUUGGCUACCCCCACCAUCCAGCAUGCAAAAUGGAUUUAUCACCGGCUAUAAAAUACGGCACAGAAAGACAGCUCGCAGGGGUGAGGUAGAAACAUUGGAACCAAAUAACCUCUGGUAUCUGUUUACAGGCCUUGACAAAGGAAGCCAAUAUAGUUUCCAAGUUGCAGCUAUGACAGCCAAUGGAACAGGACCUUCUUCGGAGUGGUAUACGGCAGAAACUCCAGAGAGUGAUCUUGAUGAAUCACAGGUGCCUGAUCAGCCAAGCUCUCUUCACGUCAGGCCUUUGUCAACCAGCAUUGUCAUGAGCUGGACCCCACCAUUGAAUCCAAACAUCAUUGUACGUGGCUACAUCAUUGGCUAUGGGGUAGGCAGCCCCUAUGCCGAGACAGUGCGGGUGGACAGUAAACAACGGUACUAUUCCAUCGAACAUCUGGAACCAAGUUCCCAUUAUGUCAUAUCUCUGAAAGCAUUUAACAAUGCUGGGGAAGGAGUGCCUCUUUAUGAGAGUGCCACCACCAGAUCACUGACAGAUCCCAUUGACCCAUUAGAAGUUGAUUUUUAUCCUUUGCUUGAUGAUUUCCCUACCUCAGUCCCAGAUAUCUCCACCCCCAUGCUCCCACCAGUAGGUGUCCAGGCGGUUGCAUUAACCCAUGAUGCUGUGCGGGUCAGCUGGGCAGACAACUCCGUUCCCAAGAACCAGAAAACCACCGAGGUUCGGUUUUACACAGUGCGAUGGAGAACCAGCUAUUCUACAAAUGCUAAGUACAAGUCAGCAGAUACAACAGCCUUGAGCCAUACCGUGCCUGGUCUUAAGCCAAAUACCAUGUAUGAGUUCUCUGUCAUGGUGACCAAAGGUCGGAGGUCAAGUACAUGGAGCAUGACAGCUCAUGCUACAACAUAUGAAGCAGCCCCGACCUCUGCUCCCAAGGAUUUGACAGUCAUUACCCGUGAAGGGAAGCCUCGGGCUGUAAUUGUCAGCUGGCAACCUCCGUUAGAAGCCAAUGGGAAAAUUACCGCUUACAUUCUGUUCUACACUUUGGAAAAGAACUCCCCCAUUGAUGAUUGGAUCAUGGAGACCAUCAGUGGAGACCGACUUACGCAUCAAAUUAUGGAGCUGAAUCUGGAUACAGUAUAUUACUUCAGAAUACAAGCUCGAAAUGCCAAAGGAGUGGGGCCUCUCUCUGACCCUAUUCUCUUCCGGACUCUUAAAGUGGAACAUCCUGACAAAAUGGCUAAUGAUCAAGGUCGUCAUGGAGAUGGAGCCUAUUGGCCCGUUGACACGAAUUUGAUUGACAGGAGCAGCCUCAAUGAGCCCCCCAUUGGACAGAUGCACCCUCCGCAUGGAAGUGUAACCCCUCAGAAGAACAGCAAUCUUCUCGUCGUUAUUGUUGUGACUGUCGGGGUCAUCACUAUCAUUGUGGUGGUGAUUGUGGCUGUGAUUUGUACAAGGCGUUCAUCAGCACAGCAACGAAAAAAGCGUGCUACUCAUAGUGCUGGCAAAAGAAAGGGCAGCCAGAAAGACCUAAGGCCUCCAGAUCUCUGGAUACACCAUGAAGAGAUGGAAAUGAAGAACAUUGAAAAGCCGUCAGGUUCUGAUCCACCAGGAAGAGUCUCACCAAUCAAGAGCUGUCAAGAAAUCACUCCAGGCAGCCACAGCCAAUCUGAAACGCAGAUGGGCAGCAAGAGUGCCCCACAGUCUGUUCCUGACACGGAAGAAGUGGGAAGCAGCAUAUCCACAUUGGAACGUUCACUUGCAGCUCGACGAGCGACACGUGCCAAGCUCAUGAUUCCUAUGGACUCACAACCCAGCAAUCCUUCUGUUGUCAGUGCCAUCCCAGUGCCAACACUAGAAAGUGCCCAGUAUCCAGGAAUCCUGCCAUCCCCCACUUGUGGAUAUCCACACCCUCAGUUUACUCUCCGUCCUGUGCCAUUCCCAACACUUACAGUUGAACGGACCUUUGGAACAGGGAGAACAGUGACUGAAGGACCAGCCACACCACAAAGUUCCAUGCUACCGCAAACACAGCCUGAACAUCCAAGCAGCGAGGAACCUCAAAGCAGGACAAUUCCUACUGCAUGUGUCCGGCCUACACAUCCCCUCCGCAGUUUUGCCAACCCUUUGCUACCUCCGCCAAUGAGUGCAAUAGAACCGAAAGUCCCUUAUACACCACUUUUAUCUCAAGCAGCACCCAAUCUUCCCAAGGCUCAGGUUAAGACAGCAUCCCUUGGACUAGCUGGAAAAGCACGAUCACCUCUGCUUCCUGUUUCGGUACCGACAGCUCCAGAAGCCACAGAAGAAGGUCACAAACAAACAGAAGAUCCUGCUAAUGUAUAUGAACAGGAUGACCUUAGUGAACAAAUGGCAAGUUUGGAAGGGCUAAUGAAGCAACUUAAUGCCAUCACAGGCUCAGCUUUCUAAAAGGAGUUGCCCAGGAACAUUUCAGCAUACCAGCCUUUCACAAAGACCACAACCCAAAGUCACAUCUCCAUGAAGGCCACCAGUACAUCACUGAACCCCAUUCGAAGGAGGAUCUCACCGCCGCCGCCGCUGCCCCCAGACAACAUUGUGUGUGCUUAUCAGUCAAGCAGAAGUCAGAAAUAGAGAUGGAAAAACAAUCCUCUGAAGCAAGAACCCACUGCACAAAAGCUGAGUGCCUCCAAGUAGCCAGUUCUGUCCCACUGGCCUUUGUAGCAUGCAGGGAAGAAUCAUGCUAAUGGUCUGCUCCACACAUUACCUUCUUCUGAUAGUUGUUAAUUACCAACACUGGUCUCCCUCCCAGUGGGAGACGCCACCAUCUUCAUCUCAAAUCGAAUUCAAAGUGGAUCUCAGUCUACUUCCUCGAGUGAAACCCUGAGCAACUUUAAGGAAGCGUAAUACGUUUCUAAGAGACUAGCAAAAUUUGGUAAUUUGUACAUGGAGUUCAAGAGGUUAUCUUCUGCUAACAAUGAAUCUCAUUUACACGCUAAGCCUGCAACUUUAGUGGACGUGUUAUAACUUUGUGCUUGUCCAUCUCUGUGACUUACUAGCUGUUCCCUCUACCAGUUCUUCCCUUUUGCUAAACUUAGGUUUCCUAAAGAGUCAAAAGAACUUGUUGCAGUCAAAAAAAAAAAAAUGUAGAGUUGAAGUCUGAAUAUUUAUUCAGGACACCAAUUAAUACAGUACCAAUGAAGUGGGCAAAUGAUUUUUCACGUCAAUUUCUAGCACCAAUAACAGGUUGUAGGAGCAGCCAGGCUGGAGUAUCGUGGUUUAGAAAUAUGGCUAACUGUCCCACAAGCCCCCAUAAUAAAUAAAGUUAAACUACAAGAAAAGGAACUAUAGGAAAAGGAACAGCUGUAGAGAGAACAGAUAGGUGUAUCAGAAGGACUAAUACUGCAGAAUUAUAGAAGAAAGGGAUUAGACGAGAUGGGGGAGGGGAAACUGGAUUAUCAUCCCUACGUGCUCUUAGACCCGAGCAAAACAUUUUGACUGUGAAAAUAGGCAAAUGGGCAAUUAUGGACUCAAAAUUCCGACCAUUCUAGGAUUGUUUCAAUGUCACAUCCCCAUUUCACGUUCAAGACAUUUGUCUAGCACUCAGAACGGAUGUUUUGAGCUUGAAGCUCUUCAGGAAUGGCUGAGCCCUCUGGUUCAAAAUCGAAACAACCGUCCCAAACGCAAAGCAAUGCUUUGAAGUCCAAGCAUUUUGAAUUCAAAGCAUUUUCCCAUGCCACCCUUUACUGAUGAUGCUGACGAAAGCAAAUCUGGAGGUGCACUUUUCUGCAUAUUUAGAGGGCACCAGGUUGGGGAUGAAGGCCGAACUAGUAAACAACUUGGAAAAAUGCUCCUAAGUAUAAGGAGCUGAAGUACUUAUCUCUCUUGGAGAAGAAAUGGCUUCCCAGCCAUUUCUAAGUAUGCUAAUUCUGCUCAUACCCGUUCAGUUAAUAGGUUUGAUUAUUCAACCUAUUUGUGUAGGUUGUUUCAAAGCCAUAUAGAUCCUUCCUUUUGCAAAACAGAAAUCUGUGAGAAGUUUCCCAGUCGUUCAAUUUCCCAGCCGCAGCUUUACAGCCAGAAUAAUAUGUGAAACAGGCCUUAGAAGACCUUGUUCUGCUACAAAAGUCGAUAGGGAUGUGGGCGCACGUCCAUCAUGGAAGCGCAUUGUGAUAUGUGUUGAAGGCCACCUGAAUUCAUCUGUAAUAUAUACCUUCUCUUGUUUGGACUUCGGUGUCGUCUCCCUACAUCACAGCAACUGGGCCAUCAUGUAGCAUCAUAGGGUUAGAAAUAAUAUUCCUAACAGCACAAAACACAAAGACAAAAGCCUUCUAAUGCUUU